AUCAAAGCCAUUCGCAAACGAAACUGAGAAAAUCUCAUGCUCUGCUCGGGCUGUGGGAGAGAGCGGGAGAGACAAAACGAGAAAUGCGAACGAGGGAUAGACUGGCACGGCUGUAUGUGACACACAUCUGCAUGUUUGAAGUGCUCUGAAUGUUUCAGAAGAAAAUUCGGUCGGCUGGUGUGUUUUUCUGCCGGUACAGGCUCUGUGGUUGAGAGAGAGUGUGAGAAAGCGGAAGGCGGGAGGUGCGGGUACAGCUCUGUGGAAAGGGGCGGAGCUUAUCAGACUGGCAAGGCGAUAAACAGGCACAAGUUGUUGUAUUUUUUUUUUUAAUCUCUCACUUUCUCUCUUUUAAGAUUUAAACUUGAUAAUUGCUCUUAUUGUACAAACAUUUUUUUUGCAACGAAAAAUAUUCAGCCUAAUUUGACUUAAUGUGCUGUCUUUUCUAACUAACUGAACAUGCAGUUUUCCAGUAGCAGACAAAAAACUGACUGAAUGUUGAAAGUAAAUGAUUUGAGAUUCCUAUAUUAUUUUCAGAAAAUCUGUCCAGUUCAAUUCGCAUCAGCAGUGGCAAGAAAAAAGCUGAAGCGAAACCACCAUCAGCUAUGGUACCUGUGGGGGGAAAAAUAAGGAUCCAACACUUAUUUGAGCUUUAUGUUAUUUUAGAAGUGUGAGAAGUCUGGGAUUGACACAAAUGUUAUCUUUCAUUAACACAUAUAAGCAUCCACUUCCCCAUAGAAAGGGUCUAAUGAUAUGUAGCAAACAGGAGUAGAACAAACGCAUUUUUAGCGAUUAUGCAUAAAUAUUUCUGGCCUACCCUGGGAUCUGACAUUGAUCAAUUACUCAUAAUAUUAAUGAUUAUAAGGCAAUAUUUUUUGUUUUGUACCAUUUGAUUCAGUUACGUCAUUUGCAGUGCUGAUUUUCUCAUAAAAGACCUAAAGUACAGUCUUUUAACUACUCUUUCUGAUUUUCAUAUACUUUUGUUCUUCAAAUAUACUGUAAUCAAAUGUAAUGUGAUGAAAUCUUGGAGCAGGUUGGUUUAGUUCAUGGCUUCCCUAUGGAGAAAAUGAAUGGGGAAAACCUUCAAAACAGAGGCCGCCAAAAAGUUUCCACAGAGAGAAGAGAUGAUAGUAAGAGAGAAAGCGAUCAGAUGUGGGGCAGGCAGAGUGUGCGCGGGAACACGUUGAACGUUGCUGUGAAAGGUUGGUUUAGUUCAUGGCUUCCCUAUGGAGAAAAUAAAUGGGGAAAACCUUCAAAACAGAGGCCGCCAAAAAGAGAGAAGAGACGAUAGUGUGUGCGGGAACACGUUGAACAUUGCUGUAAAAGAAGAUCACAUCAUCCACUCAGAAACCAUUUAAAAAACACCUAUCAGCCAAUCAUGGGUGAGAAACACACUGGGAAAGAAAAGAGAACUUCACUGCAUGCAAGUGAGAGAGAGGGAGUCAUGUGACCUGAGUUCCACCAAUCAGAUCAUGGGAUUUCCGUGCAGCAGCAUUACCGCGGGAGCUGUGACCUCGGAUACCUCAGACAUGCGACUGACAGGCCGUUACCACGGAGAUCACCAUUGCAAGAGCGUCAGACACCUGAACUUUCAACUAUCUGACUAAAACCACGUAGACACUACAACAACUACUUCUAGUGGGAGACAGACAGACAAAAGUGUCCAUCGUCAAAGGCUGAAGUCAGUAAGGCGGUGGAGAGGCCAGUUCUUUUCCCUCCUGAACGGGACACAUGGCUUCAAACAGCAUCUUCGACACAUUCUCCAGCUACUCGCCCAGUUUACUGCGAGACCCGAGCACGAGCAGACGGUUCACGCCGCCCUCCGCCUCGUUCCCGUGCCCUAAAGUGACCGAGAGCCCGAGCAUGAGCGCACCGGGUCCACUGCGGUCCGGGCGGCCAGUGGAGGCCCGCUCCGUGGUGGACGUGCUGGCCGAUCACGCCGGAGAGUUGGUGCGCACGGACAGCCCAAACUUUCUCUGCUCUGUCCUGCCGUCACACUGGAGGUGCAACAAAACUCUGCCUGUGGCUUUUAAGGUGGUGGCUCUGGGUGAUGUUCCUGACGGUACUCUGGUCACAGUGAUGGCGGGAAAUGAUGAGAAUUAUUCCGCGGAGCUGAGAAACGCGUCUGCCGUCAUGAAGAACCAGGUGGCGCGAUUCAACGACCUGCGCUUCGUGGGCAGGAGCGGCAGAGGAAAGAGCUUCACGUUGACCAUCACAGUGUUCACUGGCCCACCCCAGGUCGCCACAUACCAUCGUGCUAUUAAAGUCACCGUGGACGGACCUCGAGAGCCAAGACGUCACCGCGUGAAGCCUGAAGACGCUCAUAAGCAGUUCUCCGAUCGCCUGAGUGACAUCGAACGUUUCCAGAGGGCCAGUCUGAGGAUGAACCCUGGCAACGGGACCGCCCGUCCCCACCAAUCCCAUUACAGCCCCUCCGGCACCACACAGAUACCAGGAUUAUGGCCAGAUCAGAUUGAUCCUCCUGCACUGAAGACGUGCAAAGUGGAAGACGACUUGCGCUGGUCAAGUACGGAGCUGUUCCAGCAGAGGACAUCUUUCCCAUCUCUGUCUCCAUUAACAGCUCCUCGUUUCUCUGAUUCACACAUGCAUUAUCCGGGUCCUUUCACCUACUCUACUAACCCGUCCAGCACUGGAAUCGGCGGUCUCAGCGUGGCCGGUAUGCCCACCUCCAGCCGCUACCACACCUACCUGCCGCCUCCCUAUCCUGGCAACCAGAACCAGAACUCCCACUUCCAGACCAACUCCUCGCCGUACCACCUGUAUUACGGCACCGGAUCCGGCUCGUACCAGUUCUCCAUGGUUCCGACCGGCGGCACCGGAUCGGGAGGCGACAGGUCGCCCUCCCGCAUGCUGACGUCCUGUACCGCGGCGGGUGGAGCCGGUGGCACCGCUGGCGGAAACAACAGCUUGCUUAACGCCAGCCUCGGUAACCAGAGCGAUGGGGUGGAUGCCGACGGCAGCCAUAGCAACUCGCCCACAGCAAUGAGUGCGUCGACACGCAUAGACGAGUCCGUCUGGAGGCCUUACUGAGAAAUAGUGUGCGGAAAGACUGACAGAAGAGGUCAAAAUUAAGAGAAAGGUGAAAGUCAUGCAUGUUUGAUCGUUUUAUGUUUCUUUGUCCUUCUAUGACGUCAAUCGCUUCUAAGACAACCAAUGUGAUCAAAUGACCAGAAAUGAGUUAACUGACUGUUGACCUUUUGCUCUGGACGCUCUAUACGGCACAGAAACUGACCUCCAUUGAUCAAAACUGAAGGAGGACACAGGUCUCACAGGAAAUUGAUGUGUAUAUAGAAAGAGUAAAAAAUUAUCAUAAAAAAUAAGGAAAGGCUCCAUAGUAAUAUAUCAGCGACUUUUUUGUUACUGAAAAAGCUGAACAAACCAAAGAAAAGAAAAGCAGGUGCUUCAUGGACAUAUUUUGAUGGGCCUGUAACUGAAAACAGACAAUUUAUCCAGCCUUACAAACCAAUCUGCCUGAAAGCUGUAAUUCCCAGAGUGCUUUGCAACCACGAAGCGUUUGUCAUGCAGACAGUAUAAAAGAGCUUCACGGAGCUGCAGGACUGUGGGACUUUUAACUUUGUAAAUAUACCAAAAAUGUCACCCUCGACUUUCAGGUACUUUCCAAAAAUGCUGAAAUAGUCUUGAAAUGGUAAGAUGUGUAUAAUACAAAUGUGUGUCAAUGUGAGCUUUGUGAGAUGUUAUGCCAAUGGGUUUUUCAUUGAGAGAAAAAAAAAAAAAAAAAAAAAAAUCACAAAGGGUGAAUCACAAAACUUGUCAGGAACAUAUCCAGGUCAUGUUUAUUGAGAAAUGAAAAAUCAUAUUUUGCAUUUUUUAUCAAAAUGAAGCACAUUUGACCCCCAGAUUCUUAUUGUAAUGCAAAAAUAAAAAUAAAAGAUGCAUAAUUUAAUUUGCAAAUCAUUUACUUUUACAAAAACAUAGGCAUAAUUUUUUUAUGCAAACAUUUUUUUUAUUUUGAUUUUGGGGAAAAAUGUGAACUGGACGUGUUUUUGUGAGAUUCACCCUUUAGCUAUGGGUUCUCGAUUUGUAGAAACGUGAAAGAGUGUCUAUAUUCCAAAGACAGACAGGUGUUUGAUUUGAUUUUUUUUUUUAUUGGUUUCUUGCUUUGCAUCAAAAUCACAAACAAUUCAUUUGUCUUUGAACUUGUGGCGACUCAUCUUUUUUGGAAUCGUUUUUAGAGUAAUCUUUUUUUUUUUUUUUUCUCAGUGUUGAUCGCUUUUUAUGACUUAGCAGUUUCUUAAAACGAUUCUGAUCAGUUUGCGCUCAGUUUUAUUUUAUUUUUAUUUUUUUUUUAUUUAUUUGAGCCAAAGUGGAUGCGUUCCUAUUUCAGGUCUGUUCCAGGUCUGUUCCGGGUCAAACAUUUCGUAUUUCUUUUUUAUUAUUAUUCUUUUUCAGUUUCUUUUUUAAUCUUUGUUUUAAUAUAAAAUUGGAAGUUGUGCUACUGUAAUAUAUUCUUUCUAAAUUAUACAAAACAAAUUUUAAUGUAAUGUCUAUGUUUUUCCAAUGCAGCUUUAAUGCACUAAAACAUUUAUUUAAGAGGUUAUAUGUCCUUGUAAACCACAUAAUGGAGACAUUCUUACCAGAUUGAGUUCCACAUGAUAUUUAGUCAUACUGCCUGAAAGACCUCAACCCUCACAAGCCAAAGAGUCCAACAAUCACCUGUUGUCAACGACGUCUGUAAAGUGUGAAAAAUAUGUUGCUCUAAGCACCUACAUUAUAUGUCUAUUUUUCCUACCUUGUUCUUGGAAUGACUGAAAUCGGAGAUAAUAAUUGGGCACGUUUGAAAGGAGAUCGGUCUCGAUUAUUUGAAUAACAAAACCAUGCACAUGCUCAUACAAGGAAGGUAAAGUGGCCAUGGCACACACACACAUACACACACAUUCACGUAACAGGUGUAAGUGAAUAUUUCAGCCCAUAACCCAGAGGUUUUUCCCAUGCUCACACCUGCUGCCUUUACCUGAGGGCAAAGAGACCCAAAAGAGCAAAGGAAACAAGUAGAAAGAUAGAUGAAGAGAUCCAUAUCUCCUUUCGCAAUCAGUGGUCAUCCUUCAGGCCUUGUUAUCCAAGCAGAAGUGCCCGUGUUCAGCUUGAUUCACGGCCGCUUUGAUGCCUUUAUGGCGGCGGUUAUUUUCCUUCCCAUUGUGCCUCCCCUUGAUUAUUGCCUAAAGCUGCAGGCUACAGGAAAGACGGAUUCAAAAUGUGAGCUGGUCUAGUUACACGCGGGAGUCUAUUCUCUCCUGCGAGGACUUCUGGGUAAUAGAAUCCCGUGCUAUGGGAAACAUUUGCUUCUGCAAUUCUGAAGUAUCGUUUAAUGAUUCUCUCAGUCUGGAUCUAUUAAUGUCUGUGGAUAUCAAAUCCUGCCGUCUCAUCUUAUGUGUUUGUUGUGAUUGUUGAUUAUGAUUGAGAUGGAUCAAGAAUCCAAAUCAGGCCCAAAAUAAGACCAAAGACGUAUCUAUUUAUUUCCACUAUCAAUAAUGAUUUUUAUUUUGUGUUGCAUUGAACAGUCUGUUGACGCCAAGGCUCUGUUCCAAAACCUAGUGAGCUUCCUACAUAGAGAGCACGGAGGCUGUAACAAAAAGUAAGUGGCUUAUUUAUGCCCGUGUAAAGCAUUCAGUUAUUUAAAGGCAGAUGUCUAUGUGGGCAGCAGCGAAGCUCAAUAUGUUUUGGAACACAUCCCAAAUGUUGCCAGUGAAGUGAAUAUCACUGAGGGCCGCGAGUCUGUGAUGUUUGUAAAAUGCACAGAUUAUAAUCAUGCCGAAAGAGCUAAAAAGCACAACACACUCCUGUAGAACAAAUUGUCUUUUUCACUCAUUGUAUGUUUGCAAUUUUGGUUCUGAAAUAUGCUCUUUUGUUCCUUCAUUGUGUGCUAAUGAUGUAGUUUUUUAUGCUUUUUAAUUAAAAAAAAAAAAGAUCAGGA